CAUUCGCAUAAGACAGUCUGCGGAGACUGCACGCGCACCCUUGAGGCAGGCUCUCGAGGUACCGGCGUACGCGCAUCCUUAAGUAGCAAGGGUGACGAUGACACAACGGUAGUGCCGACAUAUCUCGAUUACGUGAUCUCAUAUCGGACUUUAAAAAGUGAAGUGUAACGUGUGAAUCAAAAUGGGUCUAGACUUUUUAGAACAUGGGGCGGACUUCGAGGCAGCUAUUUCGGCAACAGGCUUCGGCCGCUUCCACUUCUGCCUGCUGGCCAUCACCGGGCUGAUCUACGCCAACACGGCCAUCGGCAUCACCAUCGUCUCCUUCGUGUUGCCGGCGGCGACAUGCGACUUCCGCAUGACAUCUGCCGACAAGGGCUGGCUCACCGCCGCUCCUAUGUUGGGCAUGGUGAUCGGCUCAUACUUCUGGGGCUGCCUGGCCGACACCAAGGGCCGCAAGAUCGUGCUGGUGUCCACUCUGCUGCUGGACGGCUUCUGCGGCAUCGUCUCGUCUUUCGUGCAGAUCCUCUCCGUCUUCAUGGUUUGCCGGUUCAUUAACGGUUUUGCUGUCGCCGGCGCCAUGGGUAUCUGCUUCCCGUACCUGGGAGAGUUUCAGCAAACUAAAUACAGAGAGAAAAUCCUCUGCUGGAUGGAAAUGUUUUGGACUCUUGGUGUCAUCUUACUUCCUUUGAUCGCCUGGGCCAUCAUCCCCAUCACCGGCAUCCGUAUCGAAAGCGGCAGCUUCUCCUACGACUCAUGGAACUGGUUCGUUGCGUCGUGCGGCGUGCCGUCCCUGAUCCUGGGCUUCUGGCUGCUGACCUUCCCUGAGAGCCCCAAGUUCAUGAUCGAGUGUGGUGACUACGACGACGCGCUUAAGUGCCUCAAGAGUAUUUACAAGCAGAACACCGGAGACGACCCCGAUAACUAUCCCAUCAAGAGCCUCAAGGAGAAAGUGCGAACCAUAUCGGUGGCGUCUCAGCACUCACAGAAGUCUGUGCGCAGCCUCAGCAUGCGCAAACCCAAGGACCUGAAGCGGCUGUUCAGCGAGAUCUGGGUGCAGACCAAGGCGCUCUGCAAGCCGCCCUACCUCAAAUACACCGUGCUGACCUGCCUUAUCCAGUUCGGCCUUACUACGGCCUACUACACCCUGAUGGUCUGGUUCCCCGAGCUGUUCAACCGCUAUGAAGAGUUCGAGCACAAGUUCCCCAACGUGUCCGCCUCCGUCUGCGAUGUGUCCGGAAUUGUAACCGAAAAAGUCAACGACGAUCCCUACGAUUGUUUGAAGACCAUUGACUCUAGCGUCUACAUGCAUACCCUGAUUGUCGGUCUGGCGUGCAUCCCGACUUCCCUGUGGUUACCGCUGUGCGUUCAUAAACUUGGAGCCAAAUUCUUCUUGAUUUUCAGUUUAACGGUUGCCGGCAUCGUCACGGUCGCCAUGUACUACGUGCAGAACUCCACCCAGAACCUGGUGAUGUCCUGCAUCUUCGAGGCGCUCACUUCGCUCGCCAUCUCGCUCGUCUUCUGCGUGCUGGUCGACUUGUUCCCUACGAACCUUAGGGUAAUGGCCGCCGCGCUAUCUCUGACGGCGGGGCGAGGCGGCGGGCUGAUCGGCAACCUGUCCUUCGGGUACCUCAUAGACAUCAACUGUGUGGUGCCCAUCGCGAUAUUCUCAUUCCUGCUCUUCAUGGCUGCCUUCCUCUGCUUCUUCUUGCCAAAGACAGGCCAAGAGGCACUGGACUAAACUACCAACGAGUGCCAUCAACUAGUGACUUAGACUUUCAGUGUAGAAAUCACUACGGAGUUGGGCCCUUUCCUGAUUUGCCAGUUCAAAACAGUACUGCGACCUGAUUGGCUCAAAUUUUGCCAAUCAGAGGACGGUAUGGCGUACUGGCCAGUCAGAAAAGGGCCUUAGUGUACAUAUCAUUUAGGAUGUAAAUAUUGAGGACUUAAGUAUUAUUUAUUAUCGAGAUACUUAGAAUAUUGUGUCGCGAUUCGAAUGGGUACCUAUCCGACGCUCGUUACCUACCACUGUGAUUGAAUGCAGUAUUUAAAUAAUGCCUUAUUAAUGUAAUGUAUGAAAUGAACGUAACAGUAUUUUAGAGUUGACUGAUAUUACAGUGCCCGUAAAUUAUUAUUAUUAUUAAAGGUCAAUUUACCUUAUAAUUAAA